AUGGAGGAAAUUCAAUUCAUAUCUUCCUCAAUGGUGGGAUAUUUGUCUCUGGAAAAUGUGAUUAUUCCAUGGUUAUCCGAGAAAGCCUGCAACAAAGGUGGUAAUAUAGAGAAAGAAGAGUGUGUUAAUGAAUACGAAGAUGAAGCCGUUGAUGCUGCUGUUGUGGUUCAUAAUGGAGGUCCAGGAAUACACUGCUAUGACCUCCAUGUUGUUUAUAGUGCUUCUUAUAGGGUUCCGAUGCUAUAUUUCCGGGCUUAUUGCGAAGAUGGGCAGCCUCUACAUUUGAAUGAGAUUGAGAAAGAUCUCCCAGUUAACUCAGCGCAGAUGCUAGCUCAAUCCAAAUGGACAUUUAUGACUCAGGAGGAACAUCCUGAAUUGAAUCGACCGUGGUACAUGUUGCAUCCUUGCGCCACAAGUGAAUGGAUGAAGCUACUCUUAACUAGCAAGGCCUCGGUUGCUCAACAUGUUGACAAGUAUAUGAUCUCAUGGUUCUCAGUAGUUGGGCAGGUGUUUGGACUGAAACUUCCUACUGAGAUAUAA